AUGUCGAGCAUCGUCAAGGAGAUCCUUGCGGGGCCAAUACAGAUGGCGGACCAGGUGUCAAAAAUGGCGGAAGAGGCACAGAAUUUCAGACAGGAAUGUCUGGAACUCAAGGGCAAAACAGAGAAGCUGGCGGGCCUCCUCCGCCAAGCCGCAAGAAACAGCAACGACCUCUACGAACGCCCCACCAGGCGCAUCAUAGACGACACCGAACAAGUACUUGACAAAGCCCUCGUACUCGUCACCAAAUGUCGCGCCAACAGCCUCGUCAAACGACUCUUCACCAUUAUCCCCGCCACCGCCUUUCGCAAAACCUCCAUGCAGCUCGAGAAUUCCCUCGGCGACGUCCAAUGGCUUUUAAGAGUCUCUGCUUCUGCAGACGAACGCGACGACGAAUAUUUGGGUCUGCCUCCUAUCGCUGCCAACGAACCCAUUCUCUGCCUCAUUUGGGAACAGAUUGCGAUUCUUCUUUCUGGGUGUUCCUUGGAGGAACGUUCUGACGCUGCUGCUUCAUUGGUUUCUCUCGCUCGUGAUAACGACCGUUACGGUAGACUCAUUCUGGAGGAAGGUGGGGUUCCGCCGCUUCUUAAAUUGCUCAAGGAAGGCAAGACGGAGGGUCAAGAAAACGCGGCCAGGGCAAUUGGGUUGCUGGGAAAGGACCCAGAAAGCGUGGAGCACAUUGUGAAUGCUGGGGUUUGCAAUGUGUUUGCGAAAAUCCUCAAAGAAGGCUCCAUGAAAAUUCAGAUUGUGGUUGCAUGGGCUAUUUCGGAGCUGGCUUCGCAUCACCCCAAAUGUCAGGAUCACUUUUCUCAAAACAACGUUAUACGUUUGCUGGUUGGCCACCUCGCGUUUGAGACCAUUCAAGAGCAUAGCAAGUACGCUAUUGCCACCAAACAGAACAACAUGUCGUCUAUUCAUUCCGUUGUGAUGGCAAGCAGCGCCCCCAAUAAGAAAACCGUUCAAGAUAACGAUGAUAAACAGGGUAUUGCUCAUCCAAUGGGGAACCAAACGAGUUCCCAGAUGCACAAUGUGGUCACCAACACAAUGGCUAUAAGGGGACAGGGACAGGGACAUGAACAGGGAAAUAAUGGCAAACCAAAACAUGGGAAUUCCUCGCAUGUCUCAAUAACUGGAACUAGCAUCAAGGGGAGGGAAUACGAAGAUCCAGCAACAAAGGCCCAGAUGAAGGCCAUGGCAGCUAGGUCCCUCUGGCAACUGUGUAAGGGAAACCUCACUAUCUGUCGGAACAUAACAGAAUCAAGAGCUCUUCUUUGCUUUGCUGUUUUAAUGGACAAGGGUUGUGAAGAAGUGCAAUCCUAUUCGGCAAUGGCAUUGAUGGAAAUCACGGCACUGGCAGAGCAACACUCGGAACUUAGACGCUCAGCGUUCAAGCCAACUUCCCCUGCUGCCAAAGCCGUUAUGGAGCAGUUUCUGAAGAUCAUUGAGAAGGGUGAGUCUGAUUUGCUCAUUCCAUGUGUGAGAGCUGUUGGGAACUUGGCAAGGACUUUCAGAGCCACCGAAACAAGAUUAAUUGCCCCUUUGGUGAGGUUACUGGACGAAAGAGAACCGGAAGUUUUGAUGGAAGCAGCAAUUGCACUCAACAAGUUUGCUUGUAACGAAAACUAUCUCCACGAGACUCAUUGCAACGCCAUCAUAGAAGCAGGUGGUGCAAAGCAUUUGAUUCAGCUAGUGUAUUUCGGAGAGCAAAUGGUGCAAAUCCCUUCUAUGACUCUUCUGUGUCACGUGGCGCUGAACGUGCCCAAGAACGAGACUCUUGCGCAAGAAGAGGUUCUGAUUGUACUUGAGUGGGGCACGAAGCAAGCUCAUCUAGUUGGAGAACCAUCGAUUGCAGCGCUACUACCAGAAGCCAAAAGUAGGUUGGAACUCUAUCAAUCAAGAGGUACCAGGGGAUUCCACUGA